UGUUAAAGAAAAACAAUGUCGGACACCGAAUCCGAAAUACGUGAUCACAAUCAACAACAAAAUAAACCCACAAAAUCUUCUUCUUCUUGUAUCGUCCUUGCACUAUUUUCCGGUUCCUUGAGAAUUUUCUUUCGAAACAAACACAUUUUCCUCUCAAUCUUCAUUUUCUUGGCCCUCCCUCUUUCCUUCCUUAUCUUCUCCCUUUCUUUCACUUCCCGCCCUCUCAAACGCCACAUACUCCACCUCGAAUCCGCCGCUCUGCUCACCGCCACGAACUUCGAGUCCGGUCACCUCUUGAACGAGUCCCGUGAAGAAUCCAUCUCCCUCCUUCGUCUCAAGCUUCUCUAUUCCUUUCCUUCCUCCGUUUUCUCUCUUCUAUCCUUUAUAUCCGCCGUUCACGUCGCAUCCGUCUCCGCUCCCCAACGUCCUUCCUUCCUCUCCACCGCCUCUGCCAUCAGACUCGCUUGGAAGCGCGUAGUUGUCACCUCCAUAUGCUCCUACUCCCUCUUCUUCCUCUACAUCCAACUCCCGCGGCUCUUCGCAACCGCAUUGCGGGACUACCCUCGGGUCAGCCUAGCCAUCUUGGUGGUCGGAUCGGGUCUCGAAGUUUACUUAAUGGGAGUGUUGGGUUUAGGCCUGGUGGUGUCGGCGUUGGAGGAGAAGUUCGGGUGGGAAGCGAUUUGUAUCGGAUCGGUUUUAAUGGCAGGUCGGAAGUUCUGCUGGUGGCUCGUUACUUGCAUGCUGGUGGGUGUGUCGGGAUGGAUUGGGAAUCGGUUUGAGAAUUUAACGGACGGUGAGGAUUACGUCAAGUCCGGCGUUUGGACGGUGUUCAUGGGGUGGAAAACGGCGGCUUUGUUUUGGUUUUACGCCGUGCUGGUUAUCUGGAGUUGUAUUGUUACCACCAUUUUUUACAGCGACUGUAAAAAGGAGCUCAGUGCGGGUGUUAAUCAGCGGUCGAGGUAUAGUGAUAUCAGUUGUACAGAGUAAUCAUAUUUUACCUUUUAAUUUAACUUAUCA